AUGGCUGUGGAGCUUCUCAGCCAAGCCGAUGGCUAUGGCAUUAUCGUUGGCCUUUCGGUGCUAUUCUGCCUUAUCAUCGUCUUCGCUGUCCGCAUCCAGAAGAGGUACAUGUCAGAGGACAGUGAUCAAUCAGAAAUGUUCAUGGUUGCAAAUCGUUCCGUGGGUACCGGAUUGACGGCCUCGGCCGUCUUCUCGAGUUGGAUGUGGAUCAAUGAAAGUGUCUUUUCGGCGGCCUACACCUACAAGUUCGGAAUCGCUCUUCCGGUCUGGUGGGCAAGCGGAUUAUCGUUCCAGAUCGCCCUCAUGGCCGUGCUCGGGAUUAUAGCGAAGCUGCGCGUACCGUACGCGCAUACCUCGCUUGAGAUCAUCAAGCUGAGGUAUGGAAAAUAUGCGCACUGGCUUUUCAUCCUUCUGAAUCUGGUCAACAAUAUUUUUGGCUGCGGUAGCAUGAUUCUUGCCGGGGCUCAGCUGGUGACCGGAAUGACCGGAAUGCACGUCGUUGCAGCUUGCAUCUUGAUUCCUGCAGGAGUCGUCACCUAUACGGCCGUUGGGGGCCUUAAAGCAACUUUCUUGACCGACUUCCUGCAUACAACCAUUGCUCUGAUCCUCUUGAUCUACUUCUCGCUAGCCGUCUUGACAAAUGAACACAUUGGCGGCGUCUCAGGCUUGUACGAGAAAGUCAAAGCCACGGAAGAUUAUAUCCCCGGCAACUACAAAGGCUCGCUUUUGACUAUGAAAUCUAGGAGCUCCCUGAUGUUUGGCCUGGUCCUCAAGUUCGGCAACCUUGCCUUAGUGCUCAUGGACACAGCCUUCUGGCAGAAAUCUUUCGCCUCGGAAGUGCACUCGGUUGUCCCAGCAUACGACCUGGUGUCUGUUGUCAUCAUCGCCAUACCUUGGUGUACCGGUACCAUUAUCGGCCUCAGUGCCCGAGCGAUCGAGAACACUCCUGUUUGGUUCGACUAUCCCAAUACUCUGACACUCAAACAAGUCAACUCCGGUCUCGUAAUGCCGUACGUGUUGAGGUCGUUACUCGGUACCGGCGCCACUGCUGGUCUGCUUGUACUCAUCUUCAUGGCCAUCACCAGCACGGUGUCUUCGUCCAUGAUCGCGGUUAGCAGCAUCAUCUCUCUCGACUUCUUCCGGACUUACAUCAACCCACAUGCGUCGGACCGCAAAACGCUUCAAGUGAGCCAUUGGGGUGUAGUCUUCCACGGUUGCUUUAUGGCUGGAUUUGCAAUCAUGCUCGAGUACGCCGGCGCGACGAACAACUGGUCCACCUACUUCCGACCUAUCGUGGCAUGCCCGGGCAUUCUACCGAUGAUUCUAACGCUUCUAUGGUCGAGGCAAACGAAAUUGGCGGCCAUCCUGGCUCCUAUCCUUGGCCUUCUGUCUGGUCUUGCAACUUGGCUUUCCCUGUCCUGGGCGUGGUCUGGGGCGAUCAACAUCCAAACCACCCAGGCACAGGUGCCAGGUCUGUACGCCGCGAUCGUCUCUUUCUUCUCCCCGGCUCUCUAUUCUGUCAUCAUAUCUUUGGCCUGGCCGAGCCGUUUCGACUGGCGCGAUCCCAGUAGAAGCCCACAUCCACCAGCUCACAAAAUGAACGCUCGAACCCCCCUCGACCAAGUCGUUCACCCAUUCGACGAAGCGACUAUCCGGCACAUUAAAAAGUGGUUCAAGAUUGCCAGCAUCUACUUUGUCGUCAAUGUCUUGGUCACCGUCGUCCUCUGGCCAUUGCCACUGUACCGAGACUAUAUCUUCACAAGGGCAUUUUUCGACGGAUGGGUCUCCGUGGCCAUUAUCUGGCAUUUCGCCGCCAUGUUCGCCGUCAUUGUGUAUCCGUGCUAUGACGGCCGACAUGCUAUUGCCCGUGCGGUUCGUGGAAUGGUCAAGGACUUGAAAAACAGGAGAUGA